AUGGUUGUACCACUUGCUCGCCUCGCCUCUAGGCGAUUGUACGCACAGGCUCGAUGCCUUAAUGUCAAGCCGAUUACAUUCCCGACUCAGCGGUCGUCAAUACGAUGCUUUGCAACUACAAUGCCACGACGAGCUGCCCCGGCUCCGGCCCCGGAGGAUGGUGAAUCGUAUUCGAAGAUCGACCAGGCCUCUACACCGGUGUCUCGUUGGACGGGUCCGGAACCAAUCAAGAACGCGGAUGAGAUUGACUUGGACUUUGAUACUACGCGGAUGACCCCCGACAUGGCUCUGGGAGAAACCGAGCACGAAGGCCGGAAGAUUAGACACUAUACCGUGAACUUUGGACCCCAGCAUCCUGCUGCUCACGGUGUGUUACGAUUGAUUCUUGAAUUGAACGGCGAAGAAAUUGUCCGAGCAGAUCCUCAUGUCGGUCUUCUACAUCGUGGUACCGAGAAACUCAUCGAAUACAAGACAUACCUCCAAGCUCUGCCUUAUUUCGAUCGUCUCGACUACGUUUCUAUGAUGACCAAUGAACAGGUUUUCGCCCUUGCUGUCGAGAAACUGCUUAACAUCGAAGUCCCAGACCGUGCCAAGUGGAUCCGCACGUUGUUUGGAGAAUUGACUCGGGUUAGAAAUCAUCUUAUGUCGGUCUUGUCCCACGCAAUGGACGUUGGAGCUCUUACACCUUUCUUGUGGGGUUUCGAAGAGAGAGAGAAGUUGAUGGAGUUUUAUGAACGUGUGUCCGGUGCUCGUAUGCACGCUGCCUAUGUUAGACCUGGUGGCGUGCAUCAAGAUAUCCCGAUUGGCUUGUUGGAUGAUAUUUACCAAUGGGCGACCCAAUUUGGUGACAGAAUUGACGAAGUUGAGGAACUGUUGACCGACAGCCCAAUUUGGAAAUCGAGAACCCAGGGUGUUGGUAUUGUCGGCGCGCAAGAAGCAUUGAACUACAGUUUCUCUGGUGUUAUGUUGAGAGGAAGCGGUAUUCCAUGGGAUAUCCGAAAAUCACAACCUUAUGAUGCCUACGAUCAAGUUGAGUUUGACGUCCCAGUUGGUCUGAACGGAGACUGUUAUGAUCGAUAUCUCUGCAGAAUGGAGGAGUUCAGGCAGUCGCUACGGAUUAUCCACCAGUGCUUGAACAAGAUGCCACCUGGGCCUGUAAGGACAGAAGACUACAAAGUUACCCCACCACCAAGGGCAGCGAUGAAGGAGAACAUGGAGGCUCUCAUUCAUCACUUCUUGCUCUACACUAAGGGGUACACUGUACCAGCGGGUGAGACAUAUACCGCCAUUGAGGCACCGAAGGGAGAGAUGGGUGUCUACGUUGUCAGUGACGGAACAGAAAGACCAUACCGGUGUAAGAUCAGAGCGCCCGGAUUUGCUCAUUUGGGAAGCUUCGAUCAAGUCUGCAGAGGUCAUUUGUUGGCUGACGCGGUCGCUGUCAUUGGUACUAUGGACUUGGUGUUUGGAGAUAAGUUGCCCACCCUCUUUUAG